AUGUCUGAUAAUGUUUUAGUUCUUGAUAAUGGUGCUUAUAGCAUCAAAGUUGGUUAUGCUAUUGAUAAUGAAGAGCCAAGUAUAAUUCCUAAUUGUAAAGUAACAAGAGGAAAAGGUGAAAGAAAAACGUAUAUAGGAGAUCAGAUCAAUAGUUGUUUAGAUUAUUCUGGUUUAUAUUAUCGAUUACCUUUUGAAAGGGGGUAUCUUGUUGAUUGGGAAACUGAAAGAGAAUGUAAUACACCAACUACCAACCUUAUCAUUACAGAACCAUGUUUUAAUCUACCAAAUAUCCAAACAGCCUAUGAUGAAAUGAUAUUUGAACCUAUUUCUGAACAUUUUAAGCCAGCUCAAGGGGAAUUAGACACAGCAGUCUGGUACAACUAUUUACUUGAAUCUUUAGAUGAUGGACAACGGAAAACAAAACCAGGCGAAGCUAAACCAUAUGAUACUUUAACUAAUCAAGAAGUUAAAUUAAUAUUGGAUCACAAUUUUUGCUCUCCAAAUAAUCUAACUGGACACAGAAGAUGGUUUUAUGCUAAAAAAGUAUCAGAUCAAGGUGGUAUCGAAAGAAGACAGACAUCUCGUGUUAUUUUUAAAGAAUUAUUAAUUGAAGUUGAAUCGCCAAGAAUUGAUCUUGAUGGUUCUAAAGCAUGGAUCAAAGUAUCCAUAGCAGCAAUAUAUUUACGUGUACUUGCACCAUCAGAUUAUGAAAUUAAAAUCGGAAUUCCUGAUAAUCCAAUCACAUAUGCAUGGCAUGGUGGCUCUAAAUUUGCCAAAACUAACGAAUUUAAAGAUAUGUCAGUCACAAAAUCUGAAUAUGAUGAACAUGGAAGUAAUAUUUGUUUGAAAAAAUUUGAUUCAACAAAAGCAACACCAGCAAAAAAUCAUGUACGUUCUCACACUGGAGUCCCAACAAAAGAGCUUUUAACAGCAAAAAAAAAUUAUCCGACUACUUGUCUUAGUUUAUGGGAAAAAUAUUCUGUUCAAGAAUCAAAUGAUAAAGAAAGCUUCCAAAAAGCAUUUGUCAAUCAUGUAGCAACUACACUUGCUAGAUCCAUUUACAAUGUUGAUAAUUUUAGUGCUUAUCAAGCAACUGCCCACACUGUUAGAGAUACAUUGAUUAAACGUUGGAAUUAUACCCAACAGAGGCAUACUGAGGUUGAUCCUAAACGUGUUUACUAUUUAUCAUUGGAAUUCUUGUUGGGUCGAUCAUUGGACAAUGCUCUUCUUAAUUUAAGAGUAAAAGAUGUUUGUGGAGAGGGAAUAAAAGAAUUAGGUUUUAGUAUGGAGGAUGUUCUUGAUCAAGAAGUUGAUGCUGCACUUGGUAAUGGAGGCCUAGGCCGUCUGGCUGCUUGUUAUAUGGAUUCUUUGGCCACUUUAGAUAUUCCAGCCUGGGGAUAUGUAGAAUUUCCGGAUUAUUGGUUAAAUUUUGAUAACCCUUGGGAAUUGCCACGUCUUGACGUUGUAGUUGAUGUUAACUUUGGCGGAUCUGUUAGUAAAUAUACUGAUGAAAAAGGCCGUGAAAGAUAUACCUGGGAGGGUUCUGACACUGUAGAAGCUGUUGCCUACGAUGUUCCCAUUCCAGGUUAUGAUACCAACAAUUGUAAUAAUAUUCGAUUAUGGAAUAGUAAACCUAAACGUCAAUUUGAUCUUAAAUAUUUUAAUGAGGGAGAAUAUGAGAAAGCUGUGCAAGAACAAAAACAAGCUGAAAAUAUAACUGCAGUGUUAUAUCCUAAUGAUAAUCACAUGGUUGGAAAAGAAUUACGUCUCAAACAACAAUAUUUCUGGGUUGCUGCAAGUCUUCAUGACAUAGUUCGCCGGUUUAAAAAAUCAGAGAGACCAUGGAACACUCAUCCAACUCUAGCAAUCGUUGAACUUCAAAGAAUUUUAGUCGAUAUUGAAGGACUUGAUUGGGAUAAAGCAUGGGAAAUUGUUACCAAAACAUUUGCUUUUACAAAUCACACUAUACUUCCUGAAGCUAUGGAGAAAUGGCCAGUUCCUAUGGUUUCAUAUCUUUUACCAAGACAUAUGCAAAUAAUAUUUGAUUUAAAUCUUUUCUUUUUACAAAAAGUUGAAAAAAAAUUUCCAAAAGAACGAGAUCUUUUAGCCAAAUUAUCAAUUAUUGAAGAAGCAUCUCCACAAUUUGUCAGGUUAGCUAGUUAUAACAAUCUUAAUAUUAAUAAUAGUUCACAUCGUGUUAAUGGAGUUGCUGAACUUCAUUCAAGAUUAAUUAAGGAAACGAAAAAUGCAAAUCAAUUUUCAUUUUGCUUUCCUUUGGUUUUUAGAUGGUUACAUCAAGCAAAUCCUAGAUUAAGUGAUUUGAUAACAGAAACACUGCAAACUAAAGAAUGGUUAAAAGAUUUGUUCAUAUUAAAAAAUUUAACAAAAUAUGCUGAUAAUCCGGAUUUCAAGAAAAAAUGGAAAACUAUCAAACAUUCAAAUAAGGUGCGUUUGGCUGACUAUAUUAAAGCACAUACUAAUAUAGCAGUAAGCGCAAAUGCUUUAUUUGACGUUCAAGUAAAAAGAAUUCAUGAAUAUAAAAGACAAUUUAUGAAUAUUUUGGGUGUUAUUCAUCGUUAUAAUGCGUUGAAAAAAUUGAGUGCUGAUGAAAUUUCAAAUGUUGUCCAUCGUGUUGUUAUAUUUGGUGGUAAAGCUGCUCCUGGUUAUUAUAUUGCUAAAUUGGUAAUAAAAUUGAUAAACAGUGUUGCAGAAGUUGUUAAUAAUGAUCAAAGUAUUUAUGAUUCUUUGAAAGUUGUUUUUAUACCAGAUUAUAAUGUAUCAGUUGCAGAAAUUAUCAUUCCAGCUUCAGACAUUUCACAACACAUUUCAACAGCUGGUACAGAAGCUUCCGGUACAAGCAAUAUGAAAUUUGUGUUGAAUGGUGGCUUGAUUCUUGGAACAGUUGAUGGUGCUAAUAUUGAAAUUCACCAAGAAAUUGGCGAUGAAAAUAUUUUCAUGUUUGGAAACUUGGCCGAUGCUGUUGACGAUUUAAGACAUGCUCAUAGAUAUCGAAAUGUCGAGAUGGAUCCAAAACUAAAAGAAGUUUUAGCAAGUAUCGAAUCUGGACAAUUCGGUGAUCCAAGAAUAUUCUCUCCAUUAAUCAGUACAUUAACAAUAGGAAAAGAUUAUUAUUUAAUUUCCGACGAUUUUGGUUCAUAUCUUCGAUCACAACAAAUGAUUGAUGAAGCUUAUAAAGAUGAAGAUGGAUGGAUAAAGAAAAGUAUUCUUUGUACUGCUCUUAUGGGCAAAUUUUCUUCUGAUCGUGCUAUUCAAGAAUAUGCAGAUAGUAUUUGGAAUGUUGAACCAGUUAAAGUUAUUUAA